AGAACCUCUUAAAUAAAAAUAAUUCCUCAAUCGGAGGAGAUAAAGAAACAGAGGCUAAAGCAAAAUAGCAAAAGACUCCAAAAAUCGCUUAUCAAAUUUGGUUCAUAAAAAUUUCACUUUUUUAUCGGUCUCUUUGUUGGUUUUGGUUUUUCGAAACCAAGAAAAUGCCAGCGGCAGCUUCGACUUCCAUGGCGGCCACCGCCGUCUUAAUCCACCGCUUGCCCGCCCGGAAAGGAGUUGUGUUCUCUCCCUUGCCUAAUCGUCCGUCGCCCUUUUCACAUACUUCAUUGAAGCAACUCAAAGUGCUCAAGGCCUCUUCAUCAGAAGAGACACCUCUCGAUACCAAUGAACUGUUAACAGCUGAUAGAAAAUAUCCUUGGCCCGUUUUCGAGUCUUCUUCAUCAGACGAGACACCUGUCAAUGCCAAUGAAGUGUUAACGACGGAGGAUAUAAAGUCUGCUCAGCCUGUGAUCGACUCUUAUUCAUCAAACGAGGCGCCUCUCGUUUCUAAUGAAUUGCUAACAGAAGAUGUGAAGUCUUCUCAGGCUUCUUCAUCAGACGAGACACCUCUUGAUCCCAAUGAACUGUCGACAUACUUAAAAGAAAAGUGGGAUGUUCUCGAAAACAAGCCGGCAGCAAUUCUUUAUGGAAGUGGUGCAAUUGUUGCUGUUUGGUUGGCUUCGAUUGUUGUUGGUGCAGUUGACUCAGUCCCUUUGCUUCCAAAGAUCUUGGAGUUGGUUGGACUUGGAUAUUCGGGAUGGUUCGCAUAUCGUUACCUUCUUUUCGAGUCGAGCAGAAAAGAACUGGCGACGGACAUUGAUGCGUUAAAAAAGAAUAUUUUCGGGCCCGAAUAAUAAAGGUGUAUGUAAAGUCGAAUGUUGCUCGAAAAAUCCUCUUGCAGUCACGAUUCUUAUUUGUAUAAGUUCUGAAAAGAAAAGAUGCAUGUUUUGGUAAUCUGUGAAGAACGGGCUAGAGUUGAUAUUGUUUAUGUUUAUGUAAUCUCACUUUGUUAAUAAUCUAUUAGUUAUUUGCAGUUAUCUGGCUG